AUGAAUCAAGUCACACCACCACCGAGGACCCUGUUUAAAAAGCAACCACCCUUGCCGAAGGACUACGAAAGUACGUCGUCCGAUGAGGAUGGUUACCUGUCGCCAUUCAAUGGAUCAGAUGAUGGAAGUGAUGCGGUCGAAGGAAGUUUACUCGACGAGAUGCCACCGUUCUCUGCCUGCUCUAUGUCACCGUCGGCACGGUCACUUUCACCAAUCGAACAGGAAUCGUUUGAAUCGCCCAUCUCGACACCGAAAUCUGGCAGAAGCUACUCGGGCUGUAGCACACCGUUGUAUGCGACCCCACCGCCAACCAAUCACCAAACAGGGAUCGGUGCUCAACCGGCGGAAGGGUAUGUUACGCUGGACGAAAUACAUGCCCGCAUCGGAAUGACCCCACCGGAUGGGAACGUUAGCCGGAGUCGCCUGAACUUGGAAACCAUCUUCGAGGGUGUGUUCCUGGAAACACCGCCAAAGAAAGAGUUCCAGUCGAAGGGAAAUCUGUUCCGUCGAUCCAUACGAAAUCGAGCGUUGUUGUGUGAAAAAGCGGAACAGAAAGAAAACAUGCCCUGA